AUGAUAAAGAUACUUUUAUUAUCAUUUUCAGUACUCUUCUUUCUAUCGAACCAUGUAACAGCACAAGGUGUCAGCGCUAUUGCUGGACAAGCACCUAUACCCGGUAAAUCUGUGUACAUCAAACAAAGUAAUUCGAUAUGGACUUUCUCGUUUGCAAAAGCAAAAUCAUCAGAAAAUACACUGUAUACGAUCGAUUUAAACAAGAGCUUUAAUACAUUAAAACCACCAAUUGUCGACAACUCCUACAAAAUCCGAAAUAACGACUGCCUUGUAAUGCGUUUCGCCCAAGCUUUCCCUAGCCCGGAUGGUGUCAGUGUAAACAUAUUCGGCGUCGGUACAGAUAUCAAUGGCGUUUUCGAACAGUAUUUGGCCUUAUGUGAAUUCAAUACACAAACAGGCGUCUUCAGACAGAUUAAGCGACAGAAUCGUGCACCAGCUAGACGCAACGCAGCAUUCGAGGUGAGCGAAUCAGGAACAACGUUCAUUUGGGGGGGUACUUCCGACGAAAUUACAGGUUUUAAUGCCAAUUCACAAGGAUAUCAUGGAGCUCCAUUUAUCUGGCAUCAAGAUGUUACCAUGUAUGAUAAAGACGGUUGGUUCGAUGGCCCUUCCUAUAGUGGUCCCACCAGGACUAAUGCUACUAUGACACAAAUAAAAGACACCAACGGCCAACUGGUCAUUAUUGGAGGUGCCACAAUCAACAAUGUUUCUAACGUCGAUAUGGUGACCAAUUUUCCUUUAGCAAACAUGUCUGAUAUCAUAGUUCUGGAUCCUAAAAUCUAUACCUGGACCAAUAUCACUGCAAUAGGAGAUUCAAUCCCAACUCCAAGGAAACAUCACACAACAACCUUACAUCCUGAUGGGCAUACCUUGAUUAUAAUUGGGGGAGAGACCUUUAAUGCAUCAGGUGCAUAUUUACUGAAUGAUGUAUGGCUAUUGGACACGAGUGAUAAAAACCAAUAUAAAUGGACUGAACAAAAGGUCGGAGGAGACAUCGGCCUUUAUCGCUCUAACCAUACAUCUAUUUUAAUUGAUGACCAAAUAUGGAUCAUUGCGGGUACGAAUAGCACACAUAAAGCUGUAGACAUACAAAUCCUGAAUGUCACAGAUUGGACUUGGACUAAUAGUGCAGUAUCUACACACGCUUCAGAUACAGCCCCUUAUGCUAGUCUUGGUGGUGUCAAGGGUCUGAUUGGUCUCAUUGUAGGAGUUGUUGUCGGUUUAUUGUUGCUUGCUUCCUGCUUCACAUUUUGGUGGUGUCGACGACGACGUAUUAAGCCUUUUUCGAAGAAUAACCAACCUACACCACCCGAUAAUGAUGGUAUGGUAUUUAUCAAUAACAGCGAUCCACAAAAUCAUCGACCUCAAUAUUACAAUAAUGAUAUACAUCAAGACAACUUAACAGAGGAUAACUCCAAAGGUACAGGCGCAUCCAGACCAUCCAUGUCUACAACUACGUCAGGUGGUAUAAUGGCGUUAGCAGGUAACGGAGGAGGCGAUUGGAACAAUCCAUAUCAUAUGAAUAGCUUCACAACAAACACAACAGCGCCCACAAGCCAUGCAAUGACCGGUGCCUAUUAUGUACCACAAUACUCUGGACCUGUCACAACAUCAGCUCCGAUGGGGGAUCACUAUUAUAACAACAAUGAAUAUUAUGCAAACAAUGCUUACAAUGGUAACAUUGGCUACCAUCAUGAAAAUGGGGCUGAUAUAAUCCACUCACCCGGAGAUUUCGGAUCGACAACCGGCGCAGUCUAUUCAAACGACCAACAUGUAGGCUAUUGGGACAAUUCACAGCAUCAGCCACAACAACGUCAACAAUUCCCUACUGAGAAUAAUAUUUCGUUUGCUGACCAAGACUUUAUGCUUACACCUAUGAAUGAAGCCACAGGGUCUCGACCAAUUUCCAGGGUCCAGCCAGCUCAGGCACUGCAAAAACCAAAUGAGGUAGAUGCAACGAACCUAAUCAUCUCGCCGACAGAGACUUCUCCGACUGCCUACACUGGAUCUACCGCGGCUGAGGACAGUCGGGCCGCACCUCCAGCUCAGAAACUUUAA